AGAAAAAUUUAUGAAAUAUUGAAAAUUUUAAAAAUAAUAACAAAAAUGCAGUGUGUUUAAUUAAAUGUUUAUAGCUGUAUGUUAUUAUCACUGAAACUUUCCUAAUUCUCAAGUGGAAAUAUGUCAUUUCAAUAAAUUUUAAUUUUAAUGAGACUACUUUACUCAGAUUUUGUCACUAAAUUCGCAGUGCGGCAGUGUACACUCACGGGUUGUGAAGACAAUACCUGGUUAAACUGUAAAAUGGGUAACUGCGCGUUUAAUAUUUUGUGUGCUACUUUUUUUUCUUUUUAGAUCAGAUCAGGUCAGAUAUAUAACGGCAAAGUGAUCGAUAUUAUACAGCUUUCUUACCAAGUUAGUUUACGUGAAAGGAAUAUCACUAUACCGCAAGACUGCUACAAGUAUUCGUGUGGUGACAGUAUAUAUGUAUGUUAUUCUGAUCGUAAACGGCGCUUUUGAUGAAAAAUUAUGAAAAAAAAUUUAUUUAUGAUAAUGCUAAAAAAUAUGAUUUAUUUUGUUGUAUGUGCUUUUUAAACAUUUUGCCUUUAUUAUAAAGAAAUAUUAUUUUUUAAAUAAAAUGUUGAGUGUUAUUAGAGCUUAUCUGUUAAGUUGUGCAAAUUAUUUCUUCUUACAAUGAAGAUUUUCUACGAUUUUCGGAAUAAGGUAUAAGAAGUAUUGAAUUUUACAAAAUUUGUCUGCAGUUGAUAGAGUUGGCUAAACUUAAAGUGUAAUGAACAGUUUGCUCUAAACCGAUUCCUAAAGCACCUAAAAAUUCCCACAUUUAUAAAUAUACGGUUCAAGGCGCGAACUUAGAAUCUCACCCUCGUAUAGACCAUAUGGUAUAAGUACAUUCCGUAUCAUUCGAUCACGUAAAUAAUUAUAUAAUGGACUCAACUGUUUAUCAGGGUAACACCAUAAACACCAUAAAUUACCUUUAAGUAACCUUUAACAAAUAUAACCGCACAACCUUGUUACCGUAUCAUCAAGGCAUACGCCGUCAUCUACCGAUAAUUACCGAUAAGCUCUCGAUUAGAGUCUUUGAAAAUCCACUGGCUUAUCAAUAUUUUACUACUGAAUUUGAUGAAAUGUGCUUCGGCGUUAUUACAACCGCUUAGAAAUUAGUCUUUGACCAACCGACCGGUCAACAAGUCUUCUCUCUUGCCUUCAGUUCACUUUAAACGUUUAUUUUUUUCGCAAUGAGAAGCUACAUCAUUUUAGCCUGCUUAUUGGCGAUAGCCUCUACAAAUACAGCUUGGGCGCGCACUCUCGCCAAAACGGACUCAGUCGAAGCAGGGAUUACCGAUGCAAUAGAUGGACGCAUCGUUGGCGGUUACACUGCUAACAUCACAGCCUAUCCGCAUCAAGUUAGUAUGCGUCUGAAGGGUAUACUAACUCCGCAGAACAGUUAUUCACAUAAUUGUGGCGGUUCCAUUUACUCCGAGCACCUGAUCGUGACAGCAGCCCAUUGCGUUAUCGGUAGGGUAGCAAGUCAAUAUCAAAUUGUCGCAGGUGCUAAUGAGAGACGUAGUGUUGACGGUGUAGUUGUACCCGUCAAGGAGAUCAUUAUGCAUGAACAAUAUGAUCCAAGUACUUAUGACAAUGACAUUGCGCUAAUCGUACUCGGUGCGCCGUUGCCGAUUAAUAAUGUGACCAUUAAAGCCAUACCGUUGGCUGACAAGCCCUCAGCUAAUGGUGCUACUGCGAUUGUUACCGGUUGGGGUACGCUGAGAGAGAACGGUGCAAGUUCAGAUCUAUUACAAGAGGUCAAAGUGCCGAUUGUCAGUAAUGAGUUCUGUCAGCAAGAUUAUAAUAAUGCACUAAUUUCCGAUGCUAUGUUGUGUGCGGGCGUACGAGGCAUUGGCGGUAAGGAUGCGUGCCAGGGUGAUUCGGGUGGACCUUUAUUGGUUAACGGCAAGUUGGCUGGUGUGGUGUCAUGGGGUAGAGGUUGUGCAAGGUCAAAUUAUCCAGGUGUUUAUAGCAAUGUAACGCAUUUGCGGCCGUGGUUGAUUAGAAAGAUUGCUGAAGUACAGUCUACCUUGUUGUACUAAUGUUUAAAAUAUUAUGCUAAUAAAUAGUACCUUCACGUAUCAGUGUAUAA